AUGGAUCCUGAUAUCGUUGUUCGUUUACGACCACCACCUAUUCCUGUUAUCACCAUAACAGACCUAACAGACCUUUUGCCACCAGCAAAUGCUUCAAUGAAUACUAGAGAUAUUCAAAAAAAAUAUUUCAACGGAGCAAGGGCAUAUGAGGUAGCUAGUAAUAGACAAAGGGUCUUACAGGGAAUUGAUUCCUUACCUAAUUAUAUUGCUCGUUUCAUAUAUGGCAAAAAUUGGAAUUCCGAACCGUCAAACGUUAAGCAAGCAUAUUGUGAUAUCGCUCAUCGAGCGUAUGAAACUUAUCAGGAAAGAUGUAUUACAUUCAAUCAAAGAACUUCUUAA